AAUUUAAAGGCAUGGCUUUGUACAACACAAAGCCGGUUCUCUUGUUGCUCAUUCCAUUCCUUAUGCUGCAUAAAAAUUCCGAGACAUCUUUCGAAUUCUCCAACUUUUCAGGGCCAUACACAAACACCAUUAUUACCUUCCAAGGCGAUGCCUUUGCCUCACACGGUUCUAUACAACUAACAAGGGUCCAAAACGGUUCUAUCAUGCCCUUCAGUAGUGGCAGAGCCGCCUAUGCUCUGCCAGUGCGACUUUGGGAUGCCAAAACCCGAAAGAUGGCGAGUUUCACUACCACCUUUUCUUUUGUUUUAUUGAAUGCUCCAAAUGUUGGAGAUGGAAUAACUUUCUUCAUUGCACCGUUCCACUCUCACAUACCCCAAAAUUCAGACGGUGGGUAUCUCGGACUCUUCACUCCCAAUUCUGCUUUAAGAAAAACAAACCAAAACCAAAUAGUUGCCGUAGAAUUUGACACGCACCAAAAUGAUUGGGACCCUGACUAUCUUCACAUAGGCAUUGAUGUUAAUUCCAUUGCUUCGGUAAAAACAGUUGAGUGGCAAAAUGACAAUCUUGGGUUGGAAACAGUGUUUGCCACCGUAAGCUAUGAGCCCUUGACACAAAAUUUAAGCGUGGUUAUUAGGAACGGACCAAUGGUUAGCCUCUCCCAAGUGAUUGAUUUGAGGACCGUUUUGCCAGAAUGGGUCAGCGUUGGGUUCUCCGGCUCCACAGGACUGUUUGUUGAAGUACACAAGAUUCAAUCUUGGAGUUUCAGUUCUAGCUUCGAUUAGGACAUUGGUGUCUUGUUAAUCACGAAUUAACUUAAGCCAUCUUUUUUAUAUAUAGUUGUAUUUUGCUUUCGGCAUGGGUAGAAAUUUUCAAAUUUUUUUUAUGGCAAGUGUAAAACCUAAUAAAAACUGUUGUUUACAGAGAAAUGCAAAAAUGUGAAAAAGACCCGUUACUGCUUCGUUAGUUACA